GGCGAUGAGUCAUCCGUCCGUCUGCCGCGUUCAGAGGGUCGCAUUUCGCAAUAGCCAUCCAUCCAUCCCAUACAUCCAUCCAUCCAUCCGCAGCCAGCCCGUCGAUAGACACAAUAUCAGUUAUUAGCAGUUAUGGCGGACCAAGAAAACCAACCCACCGUUGAGAAGAAGGAAGAAGGUCAAGAGGGGGGAGAGGAAGAAGUUGCGCCCUCUACCGAUGUGCACUUUGAGCCUGUUGUGAAAUUGGAGCAGCUGGAGGAGAUCAAGACUCUUGAGGAAGAUGAGGAAACAACUUUUAAAAUGCGGUCAAAGCUCUUCCGUUUUGAUAAAGCUGGCAAUGAGUGGAAGGAGCGCGGUACGGGUGACGUGAAAUUGUUGAAGCACAAGGAGAGCGGGAAGAUCCGCAUUCUCAUGCGCCGCGAAAAGACCCAUAAGAUUUGUGCCAAUCACUAUAUCACCCCAGAGAUGGAACUCAAGUCAAAUGUCGGGUCAGAUCGCUCAUGGGUAUGGAGUACUCUCGCGGACGUGUCGGAGGGAGAGCCGUCCCAUGAGCUGCUGGCCAUCCGGUUCGCCAACUCUGAAAACGCGAACAAGUUCAAGGAAGCAUUUGAGGAGGCGCAAAAGAUCAAUGCCAGUCUAAAAGACGGGAGACCAAAGGAAGAGAAAGCCGAGGAGAAGAAGGAGGAGGAAAAGGAAGACGAGAAGUCGGCGUAAUUGUCCAGCAUUAGUUUUAGAUGAAAGAAUACUCCUGAAGCGGCCGGUUAAGGAUCGGCCGGUUGUAUUAUAAAAGCUCCUGCAUCCCUCGUCCCCCAAUACACCCCUCUUGAUCAUUUAGAUA